CUGCCGGGGUAGACAUUUUUGGUGGUCUCAUUUGUGAUUGGCGUGGGUAGAAGCGGCUCGGGAACCCGGGAAUGAUAGACGUCAUCAAGCUUUAUCGAUCAAUAAAACCAUGCUCCUGCAUAAACCCUGCAACACAUCACAAAUCGCUGCACCCAACGGUUGGACGACAGCGGUACAGCCCGCCCCCACUGCAACCGUGACAUUCACCCCAAAGUCUACGGUAGGUUCAGUCCUAUCAACAUUGUCUCGAUUUGGAAACUCUUUCGUCGAGCGGGAUAGAUCCGAAUUCGAAAAACACUAUCUUCCAAGGAAUUCUCUCCUUGACGAACAUGUCAUGGUGAAGUGCCCUCUAUCUUAACCUCACACGGCAAUGAUCUGCUGUAUCAAAGCGCUUUCAGGCUUCAGCGGAGUGAUUAUUUUUGCAAACAUGGCGAUAGGUUGGGCUCGCAAGAAGGUUUUGGAUUCGGAAGCCCCUAGCUGCCUGUCCUGCUUUGAAUUCGGGCGUCACCGAACCGGCAAGGAGUCCAUCGUCCUAGGCUUUUAAAGAUCAAGCAGGACUCUACGAGCGUCUCCGAACGGGCAUCUUUGAGAUUGCAACAGCAUCCUCGGUACUCGAAGUCAGCAUGAAGAUAACCCAGGUUCUGCCCUUUGUGGGCCUUGCAAAUGCCCUCCCAUGGAUGGCCGACAAGCGCCAACAGUCCGGUGGUGCCCAGCCCGGUGGUCCUCUGACUUGCCCCUUCAACCCUAAUCACCAGCCAGCUGCCAGAUGGGACCCAGAUUUCCCUUACAACCAUGCAAAGCUCGGUCUCCCAGGCAAAGGCAAAGGCGGGUAUAAAGUCCCUGCUGAUGGCGAUACUGCCCAUGCCUUCAUGCCACCGACGGACAAAGACAUCAGAGGUCCUUGCCCUGGACUGAAUGCUUUGGCUAAUCAUAACUUUAUUGCCCGUGAUGGUAUUACCGAUUACAACGAGUUACUCGACGCUCUUCAGAACGUUUACAACGUUGGCUAUGAUCUGGCGAACUUCCUUGCCUUCUACGCCAUCUACGUCGCCGGCCUUGGAGAUCCUGUCACCAAGAAGCUGUCCAUCGGCUGUGAUGCCACCACACGUACCUCGUGGAGCCCAAUCAUCACUGGCAGCGAGCCCGGCCUGAACGGCCACAGCAAGAUGGAGAUCGACGCAUCACUCACCCGGAAUGAUUUCUUUGCUGCCGGUGGUGACAACUUCAGCUUCAACACUACCCUGUUCAAGAUGUUUGAACAGUCCACCAGUGGGCUCUUUGACGUUGACCGAAUCUCCAAGUACCGUCAUGAACGGUGGCAUCAGUGCCAGGCUGAGAACCCACAAUUCUACUUCCCCAUCCUCGGCCUCUUCCAAUACGGCGCCGCCUCCUUCCUCUACGAACUCUGGCCGAAUGGAAAUGAGGGCUAUGUCCCCAACUUGCACAACACCGCCACUUUCUUUGGAGCCCACCGCCUCCCAGACGGCAACUACCUCCGCGUCCCUGAGCGUAUUCCCUCCAACUGGGUCAACCGCGAGAAGCCUUACUUCCUGCUAGACAUCGCCUCGGAGAUCUUCAAGAUGUACAUCAAGAACCCAGUUGGCUUUGGUGGCAAUGCUGGAGGGGAGUUUAUUGGCAUCAACCACCCUCCUUACAUCAAUGAUGGUGCGCUCAAUGCCAAUACCACUGCCCAGGAUGUCGCUUGUUUGUUGUAUCAGAUCCUGUCGAGGCCGGUUCCGAGCACACUGAAUGGUAUUGUUACUCCUUUGGUUGAGGCGACGGAGGCGCUUUUGAUCAGCUUGUUUGGGGUUGAGUAUAAUAAUUUGGGGUGCCCGCUGGCUUUGACGUGAGGGGGGUGGUGGGUGUGAAUGAGAGGAGGGGGAGUUUGUCAAUGG